AUUAAAUCUAUCGCCGGAGUAGUAGUACUGUAGCUACGUAGUGAUACAGUACUACUGUACAUGUACAGUGAGUGCUACAAAUGGUGUAUUCUGUACCAUGGCAACACGUGCGUUCUUUUGCCAAGAAACGUCAAGUGCAAUGGCUCGGGCCGCGUCGGAUUGUGACAAUGGUACGCGACUGGGUGUACCGCGUCGAGGGCCUGCGCAAUGGCGCCGUCGCGACGCACCAUGCCUCGCGUCUCAAGUUCUUUGCCGCCCGCGACAUGCUUGUAACGCAGGCGUUGACGGAUCACAUCGCAUACGUCGAGGGCGGCCACCUUGUUGAGUGCUUCCUCGACUGCCGCUUCGACCGCCCGACCCACUCGUGGAUGCUCCGCGUCAAGUGGCUCGGGAUAGACAUCCUCGAGGCCUCGUGGGAGCCGGCGGCAGAUAUGGCCACGGAGGACGUGCCAGUCAUUGUUGUCGUCUAUCUGCGUAAAGCGAGCCGCGGCAACGUCGCAGCUCCCAUGAUUGUAUGAACGAAUUGAUUUGAAACUGUUUUGUAACGGCUGGCUGUGCCAAUAACUUAUUGUCAAAAUUGAAACCUUUGCGCGUAC